CUUCUUUCUUCUCCAGAAAUGAAAUUUGCAUGAAAUUCAGUAGUAGUAAUGGCUUUCCAAAGAAAACACCAAAUACCCAAUUCUUCAAUUUCACUUUUCCUCACUCUCAUCCUCUUCCUCUUCAAUUCCACACUCCCUGUACAUUCCAAUCCAAGAAUCGAAGAAUCCGGUCUUUUCUGCGGCAAUUCCACGCCGUUACCAAACUCCUCCUUCAUCCCAACCUUCGUUAAAGACAUGGAAGUACUCUCCCAAAUCAUUUCCAACAAUCACCAUGCCCAUUUCAUUUCAAAUUCCUCAUCAAAUUUCUCAAUCUACGGCUUAGGACAAUGCCACCAUGAUCUAACCCACACCGAUUGCCUUCUCUGUUUCGCCGUCUGUCGCACGCGUCUCCCUCACUGUCUCCCUUCAUCAUCCGCCCGUAUUUUCCUCGAUGGCUGCUUCCUCAGGUACGACAACUACAAUUUCUUUAACGAAUCUACAGACCCAGUUAACGAUAGAGUUAAUUGCACCGAUUCCAUAAGCUUAAAGGUUGAAACUUUAAGUGUCCAUCAACUGUUUGAUAAUUUGACUGAACUAGCUGUGGGGAACGGUGGAUUUGGUGUAGGAGAGAUUAAGGGUGUGUUUGGUUUAGCACAAUGUUGGGAAACAUUGAGUAGUGAAGGAUGUAGAGAAUGUUUGUUUAAAGCUGCCAAAGAAUUGAAACAUUGUUUACCUAGAAAUGAAGGAAGAGGGAUGAAUGCAGGCUGCUAUUUAAGAUAUUCCACCACCAAAUUCUAUAAUCAAGUUCCUCAUUCUCAUCCCCUUAGGGGAAUUUCCGGGAAGGUGGAGAUGAUAAUCGGUUUGGCAUCAAUAGCUUUCUUGAUGUUAACAUUCUUUGCUGGCUAUGCAUUCUACUUGAGAUGGUCAAGGUUUUCAAAAGGGAAUAGUAGUUUUCAUGUCUCGAACUCAUUUAACAAGAUGGGUUUGAAUUUCAAGUAUGAGGUACUAGAGAAGGCGACGGAUUAUUUCAAUCCUUUGAUGAAAAUAGGAGAAGGAGGAGCAGGUUGUGUAUUCAAAGGGAAACUUCCAAAUGGGGAAAUUGUGGCAAUCAAGAGAUUGUUCUUUAGUAGUAGACAAUGGGUGGAUGAGUUCUUCAAUGAGGUUAACUUGGUAAGAGGGAUGAAACAUAAGAACUUGGUUAAGUUGUUGGGUUGUAGCAUUGAAGGUCCUGAAAGCUUAUUGGUUUAUGAGUAUCUUCCUAAUAGUAGUCUUGAUCAUUCUCUUUUUGACGAUGAAGAAAAAGAUAGUCUGGGACUAAAAUGGGAAGAUAGGCUAAAGAUAAUAGUUGGAACAGCUGAAGGAUUGAAUUAUCUCCAUUGUGGAACCGAAACAAGAAUCAUCCAUAGAGACAUAAAAAGCAGCAACAUCCUUCUCGACGAAGAUCUCAAUCCAAAGAUUGCAGAUUUUGGUCUAGCCCGAUGUUUUGCACCAGACAAGUCUCAUCUUAGCACAGGAAUAGCAGGCACAUUAGGUUACAUGGCUCCAGAAUAUCUAGUUCGAGGACAAUUAACAGAAAAGGCCGACGUUUAUAGCUUUGGAGUGCUUGUUCUUGAGAUCAUAUGCUGUAGAAAGAACAAUUCAAUCAUCAAUGGCUCUGGCUCACUUGUGCAAACUGUUUGGAAGCUUUACAUGGGGAAAAGAUUGGUUGAAUGCAUUGAUUCUCGGCUGAAGGAUAGUUAUAGUGUUCGAGAAAUAGAGAGGGUUUUGCAGAUUGGGCUUUUGUGUACUCAAGCUUCGGUUAGUUCAAGACCAUCAAUGGCGGAAGUUGUUGAAAUGCUAAGUGUUGUUGAAGGAGAUGGGGAAAUUCCUGAACCUAAUCAACCACCAUUCAUGAAUUCUGGUAGUAUCAAUAGUUUAGCUUCUAGACCAUUAACUUCAUCAAUAGAGGCAUCAUCCUCAUCUUCAUCUGGUAUUACUUUGAUAAGUUCAUAAAGAUAUGUCAUAGAAUUAUAUAUAUGUAUAUGCUUUUGCAAUUUUUGUGGUUAAAUUAUUUUAUUUUAUGAAUUUAACAC